CGGCUGCGUUCGCUCGUCACUCCGCACUUUCGCCCGUAGCCGUGAAUAAAAAAAAACUUUCAAACUUCGAAAACUAUAUUGUUGACGCAUUACGUAUCGCGUGCUUAAUGUUCUUUUUUCAAAAAGAGCGCGAAAGUUUGUCUGAUGUGUGUUGUAAUAAACUCAUUGAAUUUGGCGCGAAGUGAUAAUGACUAUUUGGGUUGAUAAGUGACUUUGGGGUCGCCGAAUUACGAGUCAAGGAUUAUUAAAACCAACAUGGAGCCAGAUAUAAUAGAGGAGAUGGAACGGUCAACCCCCGGGUCACUCAUCACCACUCUGUACCCCGGCCAUGUGAACCACACCAAGAAUGUUACCGACAACCUCAACAUGUACUACUUCUAUGACUCGAUACAAUUCCCAGUCAUGUGGGUGUUAUUUGUUCUGAUCGUGGUUCUCAACACAUCUGUGAUAGCAGCACUGCUAUGCACCAACGCCAGAAAAAGUAGAAUGAACUUCUUCAUAAUGCAACUGGCGAUAGCAGAUCUGUUCGUGGGACUAAUAUAUGUAUUCGUGGAUAUAGUACAGAAGAUUACCAUAGCUUGGCUAGCGGGAGAAUUUAUGUGUAAGCUUGUGAAAUUUCUUCAGGCCGUGGUCAUGUACGCGUCAACUUACGUUCUAGUGGCUCUCAGCAUAGACCGAUGCGAUGCUAUCACGAACCCGAUGAACUUCUCAGGCAGUUGGAAUCGUGCUCGAGCUCUGAUCGCUGCAGCCUGGAUGAUCAGCAUUAUAUUUUCAAUACCACUGUUAAUAUUGUAUGAAGUCAAGGAAGUACAAGGUCAGUUGCAGUGCUGGAUAGACCUUGGAAGCACUAGUCGUUGGCAGAUCUGGAUGACUGUGGUAUCCAUCAUGAUCUUCGUGUUGCCAGCGGUCGCCAUCGCCGCCUGUUACACUGUCAUUGUCUUGACAAUUUGGACCAAGAGCAAAGCUGUCGUAAUGAGUCCACCUGUUAAUUCUAGAAGAAGCAAAAAUAUGAGGAACGGGCACGUGGAGACCGAUCCAGAUUCCCGGCGAGCCAGCUCCCGUGGGUUGAUACCAAGAGCUAAGAUCAAGAGCGUUAAAAUGACUUUUGUGAUUGUCUUCGUGUUCGUCCUCUGCUGGUCUCCAUACAUCGUGUUCGAUCUCCUGCAAGUGUAUAACCACAUCCCGCCCACCCAGACUAACUUGGCGAUCGCCACCUUCAUCCAGAGUCUGGCGCCGCUGAACUCUGCUGCUAAUCCGCUCAUAUGCUGCAUGUUCUCGCCACACAUUUGCUCCAGUUUAAGACGGGUUCCUCCAUACCGCUGGCUAUGGUGCGGCGCCAGAAGACGACAUGCUCGCGGCACUCUUCGUUCUCGCUCUGACUCCACUGCCAACUCUGACCUGCUCAGCUCAACACACGCGAGGAGAUCUCACUCUGUUGGGGCGGCUCUGAACCGGUCACAGAGCAGCAGCAUCACCCGGGCAGAACGAGGACGUCGCACGCAGCUUCUUGUGCUGAUAUCCGCGAAGGACUGACAGAGAAUCCCAGCUACCGUAGCGGCUGAUGACGUGAUGCUCUAGGACCAAAGAGGCUUUAUGAAUCAUUACUAUAUAAUUGUUUAACAUAGUAUGAUUGGACAUUUUGAGUGAGAGUGGUUGAUCUGUAUUUAAUAAGUUAUUGAUGAAGUUAAGGACUAUACAUACUGUAAGUAUCAAGAGUUUGCCAGAAGAUUUUACCAGCUCCUUUGCACAGGAAGCCGGCUAGAUUAUGGGUACCACAACGGCGCCGUUAUUUGUAAUAUUACUGUCUUUCGGUCUGAAGGGCGCCUAAGCUAGUGAAAUUACUGGGCAAAUGAGACUUAACAUCUUAUGUCUCAACAUGACGAGCGCAGUUGUAGUGCCACUCAGAAUUUUUGGUUUUUUCAAUCAUCUUGAACGGCACUGCAUUGUAACGAGCGGGGCGUAUCAAUUAACAUCUGCUGAACAUCCUGCUCGUCUCGUCCCUUAUUUUUAUUUAAAAAAAAGUAAAUUUUCCACGAAUCAUAUCGCCAGUGCUUUAGUUUCUGAAGGAGUGUUCAGGAUACGACAAAUUCUAGGAAAAUUUACUUUGUUUUCAUUAACUGUAAGCUUACAAAUAAUAUUGGCAUAUUACUUACUGUUUCUUAAUAAUAGUAUUGUUUAUUCAUCGAAUGAGAUUGAAAUUGUAAGAGAAUAAACAAUAUCUACUACGAAACAUGUAAACUACUUACUGCCAAUAAUAAAAGAAAACAAAAUCUUGAUAAGAAUUAUUUUAAAGCAAAUAAAAUAGGUUUUGAAAAGGAGUUUUUAGUAUCUCAACUAAAGACUGCUUGCAUUUAAACUAGGAAAUACAGUCUAGCCCAAGACGUUUCUCGGCGAAUAUGCAAAAGUUUCUUCUAGAUGGGCAUGUUGCUACGAAGUGAUACAUUUAGAAAAAUAUUAUCAGCCUAAGGAAAAGAUAUGAUUUAUAAUUUUUAUCUAUGUUGUAUGUUAUUUAAAAGUGAAUGGGUAAUACUUUUCUCAUCUAUGGCAAUUAUCUGAAAAAUAAUUUAAAAAAAAAACUAAAAAACCCGCUUUCUAAAGAAAACGUAACUAAAAAAUUGCUUUUCUUUUAAUUAAAAAUUAACUUCAAUUCCUGCCCUAAAGACGAUAAAUGAAAAUUAUAUAAAUUAUUUGUUGUUUAUUAUUUUUGCAAAUUGAAAGAUGGAAUAACUUGAUCAAAUUAAUGUAUUGUCAUCGGUCCUCGAUAAAUCUACGAAGUUUGAUCGAAAACUGCUCGUUUAAAGUGGGUCCAAAUCGCGCCCAAAUGAGUCGGUUAUAAACAAACAUACAUACAGGUGAAGCUAAUAAAAAGCGUGUAAAAAAUAUAAAGCAAAUGAAAAUUGGGUUGGAAUGCAAUGAACAUGUUUUAAUGUCCUGUCAUUAAUUUUGGCAAUUAAAACUAACUUAUAAAGAUUUAGUUUAGUAAGUUCAGAUCGGUGAAAAAUAUAAAAUAAAAUAAUAGAAAAAUUAAUAUGUCUGUGAGUUCAAUCAUUUAAAAGUUGUAUGAGUCCCAUAUGCCACAAAGUUUCACAGAAUCUGGCAGCGCCUAUUUCUGCCGUGAAGCAGUAAUGUGUAUGCAUUUACUGUGUUUCGGUCUGACGGGCGUAGCUAGUGAAAUUUCUGGGCAAAUGAGACUUGACAUCUUAUGUCUCUAGGUGACGAGCGCAGUUGUAGUGCCUCUCAGAAUUUUUGGGGUUUGCAAAAGUCCUGACCGGCACUGCAUUAUAAUGGGCAAGGCGUAUCAAUUACCACCAGCUGAACGUCCUGCUCGUCUCGUCCCUUAUUAUCAUAAAAAAGACACAAUCGUGUUAACGACAAUAAUUAUUAAUCGCAUCUCCUGACACGGCGUUGUGCGCAAACUCCAGAAUCAUUCAAACCCUUUGAUUUUCGAUUCGUUUUUAAUAGGUGAUCUUUUCUAUUCCAAAUUUGUAUAUAUAAACUAUCUUCAAAGUGAAAAACUUGUUAAAUGUCCUAGUGAAUCAACAAUUUGUCACUAUUGUUGAAUCAUAAUACUUUAAAUUAAGAAUAAGGUAUUUGUAAUGUACUUGAUAAGAUGCAUUUUCCCAUUAAGUUAUUGUCUGUAAAAAUGUACAAGAAAUACGUAAUAAUAUUGUAAUGUAAUUUUUGUAACAUUUAUUUAAAGAUCUGUAUGUAUUAUUACUGUAGAACAUGUGUGUAUGUAUUGUAAAGUGUAUUUCAAUAUAAUUAAUUAAUCAUA